AGUAAGUGAAGAAGAGUUGCCGUUCAACUCCUGCACGACAUUCAUCAAAAUUCCUCUUUUUGUCAGUGUCGAUCGGCCCCAAUCCCCGUCGAGAGAGCCUGAUACUCAGGCUACGUUUACCAAACCGGUUUAAAUCGGUGAUAAACCAGUUUGACAUCAUGAACUAUACACAACUUUGGAUAACGCAAAGAGAAUACUCGAAGACUUCAGAAGUUCCUUUAUUUUUCGGAGGUUUGGAGCUUAUCAGGGUAAGGAUACUGUCGUGGCUACACACUUGCAAGGCCGUUGCAUCAUGGGCAGAAUAAAAAAGAUUUGUGGAGUAAUUCUGGUACUUUACUGCAUUGGAAGAGUUUGGUGGUCUGAUUUCUCUCUGAAAGAAUUUACUUCAAGAUUUACGACGCCGAUAUCACUGCWGAGAGACAAUACCGAGGAUUUUACAAACUUUCUCCUACGACUUGAAGAUCGCAUGCAGAAACGGAGAAAGAUGGUUGCGGACUACUGCAAGACACACAAAAUUAAUAACUCUCUCUAUCUAAAGGAGUUUGGGUCUGAUCGGCGUCAUUUUCAGGUCUUUCGGAAGAGUAARRUUAUCUAUUGUUUUGUUCCAAAAGUUGCAAGUACGCAAUGGACGGAAACUCUCUCCGUUUUGAAAAAGGAAGAUGAGCAAAUGAAUCGUGUGGCAAACACUACCGGAAUGAUUAAUAACAACUUAAAUUUUUUUUCUGAGCAAGAUGCUUGGAAAAUGCUGAAGAGGUACUUCACGUUCAUGUUUGUUCGUGAUCCGUUGGAACGUAUACUUUCCGCUUACAAAGACAAGUUACUAAAGGACAACAAAUAUUACCGAAAUGCUAUUGGCAGAAAAAUCAUCGCAAAAUUUCGACCAAACGCUACUCGACAAGCCCUUAAAACAGGUAGUGUUGUUACGUUUCCAGAAUUCACCGAUUUUUUGCUGCAAACAAAAGACUCCGAUGUGCACUGGAAAUCCUUUACCAACCUUUGUUAUCCUUGUGCAGUUAACUAUGAUUUCAUUGGACAUUACGAAGAUCUAGCUGAGGAAGCACCGUAUUUGGUCAUAAAGGCGGGAAUUGACAGACGCGUUUCGUUCCCAACUGUUCACGCGUCGAACACCACCGCUGAGCUGUCGUAUUAUUAUUCGCAAAUUCCUAAUACGAAAAUCUUGCAGUUGGUAAAGAUGUUCGAAAACGAUUUUAAAAUGUUUAAUUUUACGUUUCCUGGCAAACUAGCAAAGCUUUUUGAUUCUGAAAAUAGUAAAACAUAGAUUUGGGAAUGAUAUUUGAUCACACGGCAAAAGUGUUUACCUCGCUAUAACGGCCACACAAGGAAAGCAAAAUUAGUUUCUUAGAGCGGAUUUCGUAUGAGUGGGACACCGUUACCGCACGGUUACCGCACAGUUACCGCACCUGGCCUGCAGAAUUUUGGUGAAACAAUGGGGCACUAGAAUUUGGUUACAGUACGAUUACGGUCACAGUACAGUACCGUCCGUUUCCCACUCAUACGAAAUCCGCUCUAAACCUUGCAUCGUACCUGGGCCGAUUUACAACUAGAAAGUGUUUGGAGAAAUAACAUACACGAAAAGCAAUGUCCGCGGAGCCAAUUAGUUAUUUCUUUUCGAUAUCUACAUCCACACUGACAUCGAUCCCCAAAUCUACCUCGACAUGCGCGACACUUAUCACAGCCAUUAACAGUGUUGUAUUUCCAAAAAAUACGUUGAAAUUCCUAGUUUUAAAUAAUUCAAUGAUGAUUCGGAUAUAGAUGUCUAUAAAUAACCGACUACCGACAAAUGCCUAGAAUAUUUAACUGACAACCGACAUUGAGACCCCCCCACCCCCUCCCCAUUCAGACUGCAAAUUGAAUAUAAACUAGACGCUUGUAAAGCGUGAUGCGGGCUGGCUUAGCAAAAGAUGUUCAUUACAAGAUAAAAUUGUAUCUCCAAUGAAUAUUGUGACUAUGACGUACCUAUAUAUGAAAGUAAAAUAUGCCGUAUAAUACCUUAGUUUUCUUUGCAGUUCAACUUAUCGUGCAACGCAAUAUUCUUUUCUAGAAACUAAUCGUUAACCUUCACUGUCUACUAUAAUCUUAUCAUAUAUCAACUAUCAACCAUAAUCUUUUUGCUAUAGUGAUUGUCCUACAUUUGCAAUGUAUUUUGUAAUAAUAUCUAUGGAAGCUCUUUAUUUCUUGGUUAGCGAUAUCACAUUAUUAUUUACAUAGCAAUGCAUUUUAGAUGACAUGGGUGCAUUCUUUAAAUUUUGUUUUUAUUAGCCUUUCUUUCGUACAAAAGAAAUCUAA